GACUGACCGGCUGGGCACGUUCACGCACAAGGAGUUCGAGCAGCUUGCCCCCGUGAUGGACGGCUUCAGCCUCAUGACCUACGACUACUCCACGUCGCAGCAGCCUGGCCCCAAUGCCCCCCUGUCCUGGGUUCGAGCCUGUGUCCAGGUUCUGGACCCCAAGUCCAUGUGGCGCAGCAAGAUCCUUCUGGGGCUCAACUUCUACGGCAUGGACUACGCGGCCUCGAAGGACGCCCGCGAGCCCGUCACUGGGCCCAGGUACAUCCAGACCCUGAAGGACCACAAGCCGCGGCUGGUGUGGGACAGCCAGGCCGCAGAGCACGCCUUCGAGUACAAGAAGAGCCGAGGUGGGAGGCACGUCGUCUUCUACCCCACCCUGCAGUCUCUGCAGGUGCGGCUGGAGCUGGCCAGGGAGCUGGGCGUCGGGGUCUCCAUCUGGGAGCUGGGUCAGGGUCUGGACUACUUCUACGACCUGCUCUAGGCAGGCAGGUGCGCACUGCUAAGCUGUGGAACGACUGGGUGUGCAAUACAGGUUGUGCUGUGUGCUGUG